AUGCACCAGGAAAUGAAAGAGUUCAUGAACUCCAAGAUGCAUGUUGAUUCCCAUGCGUUGACGUACGGGGAUGGGUUUUCGGGGUCCCGUAAGCUCAAGGGGGCGCUUUGUCAUUUCUUGAAUCGCCACUUUCAUCCUCGAGUUGCGUUGUCUCACUCUCAGCUCACCAUUACUUCUGGUGUGAGCAAUGCAGUCGAGUGUUGUGCCUGGGCCCUGUCCGACCACGGGGACUAUAUCUUGAUUGGGCGUCCCUAUUUCAAUGCUUUCAAGCCUACGUUUGGAAUACGUGCUGGAGUUGGUCUUCUUGAGGUCAAAUUUGGAAUGACCGACCCAUUCAGUCUUGACGCAGUCCGAGAAUAUGAGAAAACAUAUGAGGAAGCGCGUAGUAGGGGCAUCCGUGUGAAGGCUCUCCUGUUGUGCUCGCCCCAUAAUCCGCUUGGUCGUUGCUAUUCUGAGGAUGUUUUGAGGGAGUACAUGAAGUUCUGUAAUAAACACAAGCUUCAUCUAAUAUCUGAUGAGAUCUACGCACUCUCGGUGUGGGAGAAUAAAGAUCUUCCUGGAGCGCCCAUUUUCAAGUCAGUGUUGUCUAUGGACAUCGACAAUAUCAUGGAUCCCAGUAUGGUUCAUGUAGUAUGGGGUUUAAGCAAAGACUUUGGAGCGACGGGUCUACGAAUUGGUUGCCUCAUUAGCCAGUCAAACAUGAGUCUUUUGGAGGCUGCAGAUGGAAUCAGUCUCUAUAACUUUCCGUCAAGCUUAGCAGACAGUAUUGCGGCUUCGAUUUUACUUGACGAUGAGUUCAGCAGCAAGUACAUUGCGACGAAUCAGCGCCGUUUAGGCGAGAGUUACCGUUUCGUGACCGACUUUCUUACGCUCCAUGAUAUUCCGUAUUACAAGUCCAAUGCCGCAAUUUUUGUUUGGAUGAACCUUGCAGCGGUCUUGAGAGAUAAGUCGAUCAAGGAUGCAGACAUCCUUAAGGAACUUCAAAGGCAGAAGGUAUAUAUUGCGGCGGGUUAUGCCUACGCAAGUGAGGAGGCAGGGUGGUUCCGGAUGGUGUUUGCCCAUUCCCAGAGUGUUCUUGAAGAAGGACUAAAUCGUAUGCUUCGGGCUCUACAUUGCUUGAAUUCAUAUUAG